AUGCGAGGAAGUCUCAAGCUCUCGAGCCAGCGGAGCGACCGCUCGUCUGGCAACCGAGAGCCGCUGUCAUCGGGCACCGGUGAGACUGCAGCGGUGGUUGUGGGCGAGGGACAGGUUGUGGUGGGCAACACUUGGCGUGACGGCUGGAGGGAGUUGGCCGGAAUGGAGGGCUUGGACGUGAACCUGGGCAUUGCCAUCUGUGGUGUGCUCUCGCUGCUGGUGUGGUGCCUCUCGGCCGGCACCUGGGUCUCGCGCGAGCCCAUGCCGUGGUUCCUCGGCGUGAACACAGCCAUUGUGCUGGCGCUCUUCACCCUCUACGGCGCCUCUACCUACAUCAUGCAGCACGUCCUGGGCGUGUAUCGGGGCAGGCUGGACAUGAUCAUGAUCGAGCCCGACUCGUAGCCUUGCUCUCUCGCUGUCACCCGCACACGCCUCGCUCGGACUGGUUCCGUCGUCACUUUACGGGCAACGGGGCAUGCCGCCACGCGCGGCUGCUUCUAGUCGCGCUUGAGAUCAAAGGUCUCGACGCGGACGCCGUCGGCGGUGAUGAUGUGCAUCUCGACCGAGUCGCCGGUGUAGAUGUCGCGCUCGCCGGCCGAGACAAAGACGUCCUUGACGAGGUCGAUGGACUCGUCGAGGGUGAGCUCGUCGGGCUUGAUGGAGUGGUUCUUAAAGUCGAACUGG